UUUUAUCUUUAUUCAUAAUUUUUGGGUUUUGCUAUAUUUGCAUGGCCAAGCUUCUCCAAACCAAGAGCCAAUAAUACUGAGGCACUAGAAGCCACUCAGUUGAGCCACGUGUAGCUGCAGUGUCACAUCUCCUCUAUAAAUACAGCGCAUUGGAGCAAGUUGAAGGAGCAGUACAAGCCUAGGAUUGAGAACUGAUAAGUAGUGCUACAUCUUUAUCUUCUCUCCAGUCUUUGUUUGGUUCCAUAGAAAAUCUAAUUUUCUCGGGGAGGAAGAACAAAAACAGAGAUUGAGAAAAUGUUCAUCGAGAGCUUUAAGGUAGAGUCCCCUAAUGUAAAGUACACGGAGAAUGAGAUUCAUUCCGUGUACAGCUACGAGACCACUGAGCUUGUCCAUGAGGAAAGGAAGGGCACAUACCAAUGGAUUGUCAAGCCCAAGACUGUCAAAUAUGAAUUCAAGACUGAUAUCCAUGUCCCCAAACUAGGGGUAAUGCUUGUGGGCUGGGGUGGAAACAAUGGCUCAACUCUCACUGCUGGUGUCAUAGCAAACAGAGAAGGAAUCUCCUGGGCAACCAAGGACAAGGUGCAACAAGCCAAUUACUUUGGCUCACUGACCCAAGCCUCAUCAAUCCGUGUUGGGUCUUUCAAUGGAGAAGAAAUCUAUGCCCCAUUUAAGAGCCUGCUUCCUAUGGUUAACCCAGAUGACAUUGUGUUUGGGGGUUGGGAUAUAAGUGAUAUGAACCUAGCAGAUGCUAUGGCUAGGGCCAGGGUCCUGGACAUUGAUCUGCAAAAGCAACUGAGGCCAUACAUGGAGUCCAUGCUCCCACUCCCUGGAAUCUAUGACCCUGAUUUCAUUGCUGCUAACCAAGGUGCACGUGCCAACAACGUGAUCAAGGGGACCAAGAAGGAACAAGUCCAACAAAUCAUCGAAGACAUUAGAGAGUUUAAGGAGCAGAACAAAGUGGACAAGGUGGUUGUGCUGUGGACUGCCAACACUGAGAGGUACAGUAAUGUGGUUGUGGGGUUAAACGACACCGUGGAGAACCUUUUGGGUUCAGUGGAGAAGAAUGAAGCUGAGAUUUCUCCUUCCACCUUGUAUGCCAUAGCUUGUGUUCUUGAAAACGUUCCUUUCAUCAAUGGGAGCCCGCAAAACACUUUUGUCCCAGGGCUAAUUGAUUUGGCAAUAAGGAGAAACUGUUUGAUUGGUGGGGAUGAUUUUAAGAGUGGUCAGACCAAGAUGAAAUCAGUUUUGGUUGAUUUCCUUGUUGGGGCUGGCAUCAAGCCAACAUCCAUAGUGAGCUAUAACCAUCUUGGAAACAAUGAUGGCAUGAAUCUUUCAGCCCCACAAACCUUCAGGUCCAAAGAGAUUUCAAAGAGCAAUGUUGUGGAUGACAUGGUCUCUAGCAAUGGCAUCCUCUAUGAGCCUGGUGAACACCCUGACCAUGUUGUGGUCAUCAAGUAUGUGCCAUAUGUGGCAGAUAGCAAGAGAGCCAUGGAUGAGUACACUUCUGAGAUUUUCAUGGGUGGGAAAAACACCAUUGUGAUGCACAACACCUGUGAAGACUCCCUCUUGGCUGCUCCUAUCAUCCUUGAUUUGGUUCUCCUGGCUGAGCUCAGCACUCGCAUACAGCUCAAAUCUGAAGCAGAGGGCAAGUUCCACUCUUUCCACCCAGUGGCAACCAUUCUCAGUUACCUCAGCAAGGCUCCUCUGGUUCCGCCAGGCACUCCUGUGGUGAAUGCACUGUCAAAGCAGAGGGCAAUGCUGGAGAAUAUCCUGAGGGCUUGUGUUGGUCUGGCUCCUGAGAACAACAUGAUUUUGGAAUACAAGUGAACCAAAGAGAUGGAAGAUUUGAUUCAGAAAGUUCAAGAAUCACUCCCUUCCUGUUUAUUUAAUCUGGUGUUUGCAGAUUGUGUGAGUAGUCUUUGUGUUUGAUCUUUUACUUUUCUAUUUCUAGGUGAUCCCAAAGUAUGUAAUGCAGUUGCUUCUAGCUCAUUCAGAAGCAAGCAAUUGUAAUGGAAGUAAAAAUUUAUAAUAUUGGACAGUAGUUAUGUGCCUAAUUGUGCAAUGUCAUUAUGCAUAUUUAAGUUUUAA